UUCAAUAUUAGUAAACAUAUUUUUUCGGGAACGAGUGGUUGAUUAUUUGCGGAUGAGUGUUUUUGUUUAAUAUAUUAGUGUUACUAGUGUACUUUUAAAACAUCGUGAAAGUUGCAGUAUUAGAAACAAUUGUGGUCGAACAAUUUUAAUUUGAAACAACCAUUUGUAUGGGUGCUGUGUUCUCCAAGUAGUAUAAGUUACACAAGAUGGCAUCGCUUUCUAUAUUAGACCGCGAUUUGUGCGGUGUUCUAACUGAGAUGCGCUCGGACAAAAUAACACAACGAUCGAAGGCAUUCGAAAAACUGGAAGCGAUACUCAAUAACCGCGAGGAAGACAUUCUUCGUUAUAUGUCGGAACAAAAAUUCGAUACCAAUUGGCAAGAUGUAUUGGAAGCAACUCAUCACGGUAUUCACAAGCAGAAUCGUAAGAUGGUUGAAACUAAUUCCAAAGGUUCCAGUGGAGGCCUUCCCGACAGCAAGUGUAUCAUUUAUAUCAAAGUCAUUCAGAAGGUAGUUGAUUUGGCAAUGAAUCGAGGGACGCCUCAAAUAAAAUUCUCUGAGCUCAUCAAACGAACAUUGGAUGUUCUUGGGGAUCCGGAAAUGCUGGAACAUUUCGGCACUUGCUACGUACAAAUACUGCAGAAAUAUGUUCUGAACUCAAAACACGAUCUUACUGUGAUAACAUAUGAUGAAUGGAUAGCGAUAUUGACUAGAUGUUUAAAACUAUAUACCGAUGCAAGGGUAGUCAAACAGAAUGUGGCUAUCUGUCUGUCACAGGCUGUUCGAAAAAGCUUGGAAAAUUGUUGUGUUCAAUCAUAUUUGGCAACGUUUCUUGAACCACUGAGGAAGAUGAUCAUCGAUAGCGAAAAAGGGCGGGUGCACAAUGAGCUUAUUAAAAUUGCUUACAGUUGUGCCACAGCUCUUGCGGUUGACUAUCGCUAUGAAGUAUGUAGUUUUUCCGAACAAAUCAUACCAUAUGUAGUCAAAACGUUCGAACCCAGGAUGGAUGAAGAUAUGAAAUCGGUCUAUUUUCGUUUAAUGCACCUAUCUGUAAUUAUACAUCAUCCGGAAAAAAGUUCCCUUGAGUGGCGAUCAAAUCAAGAACUGUACUAUUCUAACGAUGAAGCAGAAUGGUACAAAUGUCUCAGAACCAUGCAUUCUUCUGUCAUGCGUAACGAAAUCAAUGCUCAUGUUUCCGCAUCCUUCAAUUCUGCGGGUGGACGAGAAAUACCUUUCUCAGAAGGCUUUAUCGACUUUGCAGCAAGGCUAUGCUAUGUGAUAUUCUGGCAUGACGAGAUUUGGAAUCAGUCUGGAUCAGAAGAUGGUUAUGGUGUUCCAAAAAAGAUCAAACGCGCUAAUAAACUGCAAAGUUUAAUGGAUUUAAUUGAGCCAGAUGCAGUACGACCAGAUUGGCGGUGGUUGAUUUUACUGGCGGAAAUAGUCGACCGAUGCCCAGCAGUGCUAGAAGAAAGUGACUACCAACCCUUACUGCAUAUACUCAAUAGAUUGCAGCCUAAGCUGCAGUUUUCCUUGCAAUUAAAAGCAUUCCGUUUGUGUUGUAAAGCGUUACUAAAUUUUGAAAAUGAAGAUGAUUUCAAGAAAUCGACCAUCAUCAGUUCAGCAUCCUGCGAGGAGUUAUGGCAUCAAAUCACGGAGUGUUCUUUCCGUUGCAGCAUGUCGAACAACAAGUCAGCAGCCGAUAAUCAUUUAAUCCUACAACUACUCAUCACUUUUCGAAAAUAUCCGUCUGUUGCAUUUUUAAACAAUGUUCUGCAAGCUUUCUACACAUAUUCAAUUGAUCGCACCAGUCUGAACGUUACCACAAUCCGCACAAUAUUGGAAACAGUUCCGUUAGAAGUAUUAGGACCUGUUCACGAAACUGUACAACAUAUAUUCAACUAUAUGUUUCCGAAAUCUCGGGAAUCUCAGGCAAAAGGAAUCCUACACAAAAAAGAACGGUUGGACAUUCACUUAGUUGCAAGCAUUUCUGUUCAUUGUGCGGUUACAAAGCAUAAACAACAGCCUAGCAUAAACGACACUAAAAUUGCACCAACAAAAGCGCGUACAGAACAAAAGUACGUUGAACCUGAGGAAUUCUUUCGCAGCAUCGAAGAAAACAUUCUAUUGAAAAAAGUUGAAAAGUUGCUAGUUGUUCAAAAUGAUACUGUUUCAGAUAAACAGAGCGGGAACUAUUUUGAAGUGACUUACAACAUACACGAAAAAAACUUCGAGUUGCUUUGUACGGCAAUCAAUUUUGAAAAGCAUUUUCUACAACCCGAAAAAGAAGCAAUAUUUAAAGAUUUAAUGAACAUAAUUCGAGAUGUAGAGCUGUACUUGAAUAUUCUAAACGUUCUACUGAAACACAGUGCAAUGAAUGAAGAAACAUUUGAAAAAUGUUCGAUUACUAAAAAAAUUACUUUCAAAAUUCAAGAAAUGGAUCUAUGCUUCGGUAAACUUAAAUAUUUAUCAACGUCAGAGUUGAAUGAAAUGUCUUUUCAUUUACUGUCUAUUUUUCGUGAAACAUAUCAUGAGCCCAUCAACCAGCUUCUUAAAACUUGCGGUUUUGGAGCCCUUUUCGAGUGGAUAUUUAAAAAUGCUAAAAGCCGUCCCGAAGCAGAUUCCAAAACCAUAGAAUCUCUACGAUACGAAAAUCUCAACAAAGAACAAGUGAACCAGCAUCACCUGCUGUUGAUCGUUGCACACUAUUUGAAAUAUGAUGGAGUACAAACGGACAGUGUGAAAACUUUCCUAGACCGAAUUCACUUUAACAUCUAUAAUAGUCUGGAUCUAUUUCAUGUUUUUAACAUGUCAAAAAUUUUAAUCAACCAAAGAUCGACAUACUCCAUGGGUGAGUGGGUUCUUACAUAUAUUAAGGACAUUUGCAGGUAUCAUCACACAAACGUAGCGAUGACCGCUGCUAUUAUCGAUUUGUUGGCUGAUCUUAUUGUUUUCGUUACUCCGCAUGGUGGAUUGUACAACGAUACCAACACUGUGCUGCUUUCAUUCAUUCGCAAGGCACACAAGAAAGUGUACUCCGUACAACUGCAGCAAUUGAUUUACGGUCAGGUUAAAUUUUGGUUGAAAGCUUUUCCUGAGCAUUAUACUUCACUGGAAAACAUUUAUCAGAGGAUGAUUGAAUUGCUCGGUUCCGAAAGUUUCGGCAUAAGAAUGAGUGCAGUAGAAAAUUUGCUCCAUCUCUUCAGUGAUGAAUGGACUUUUCCAAAGGAUCGUGCAACAAUUGAUUUCUGUAACUUUCAGCGAAAACUGUAUUCUGAGAUUGUUUUUGAAAUGGAUGAUCGCUUAUCAAAGGACGAGAAAGAAGGUCUACUAGCGGCGAAUCUGCAGUUGAUUUGUGGUGUUUUUGGAAAUUCAUAUCAUUUGAAAAGACGUGCGCUGUUGGAUCUGAUAGAACAAAUGCACCUGAAAAAAAUUUCGCAAUACAAAGUUCAAAUAUUAUUGAAUUUGAUUCGUACGACAACUAGCACCGAUCCCGUUACUACUGUGCAUGAUAGCAUGGAACAGGUUCUCGAUAUGUGGAUUUCUAAAAAUUAUGCACUCAAUGAUUUUCCGUGGUACUUUGCCAUAUCGGAAUCAUUGAAGCAGUUUAUUAAAAACUACCAGGAUGUAAUAACAUUUGCUUUGCUAUGUCACAAACCAACAGAGCUAUCAAAUUUUUGCUCCUACGUCAAGCGAAUGAAGGUCGACAUUAUCAAGGCCGUUUCCACCCGUUGUGUAUCAUUUCUCAUACCGAGAUGGGCAAACUGCACGCGAAUGCCGGAACAAUAUUCGCAACUUUCAGAAAAAAUGGAACAAGUGAUCGCCGAAAAUUGUGUCGAUUUAAAACAAUGCAUUUCUACUGAUGAGUCCAAGGUACAAAUCAUGGAGAAAAUAAUCGACUAUCUUUACGACGAGGAAUCGAUGCGCAAAUUGUUCGAACGAGACGUUUUCAUUCCGAUGGACAAAUGUGUUCUGAACUUGGAAAAUUUUAGGAAAAGUUUGGAAUUUUUCAGAAGUAUGUGUUGUACUACAUCUAAAGAACAACCCUUAACAUACUUUUGCUCAAAGCACCCGGCCGUCAUUGAGCAAAUUUUGCAACGUCUCAAAAGGAAAGUUUAUCGUCCAAAAGUUGUAGAAGAGAAAUUAACCUACCUAUACCAAUAUUCGAUGCUGGUUGAUCAAAUGGAGGAUUACUUUAGUCAGCACCGAUCCGCAAAUUUAAAAGAAUUUUUGAUCCGCGAUAUUUGUUUCUUUUCUUGUCAUACAAUGCUAGCUAGUGAACUAAUGCAAGUGUCUGUCUUGAAUAGUUUAGAUAGUUUUCUGACCAGAACUAUUCCUACAUGUGCGGAGUAUUUUAAACCCUACCUCAACUUUCUGGUUUCCUCAUUACUCUUCGUGUAUACUCAAACGUCGUCUCCACUAGUUCCAUCGAAAGUGCUGAAACUUCUAAAGCUUAUUGUAAUCGAUCAUUGCGCACUGUUCGGAGAUGGUGUUAAAAUGCUUAAUUAUUUUCCCAAAGCUGAGGACUUUGCGGAGCUCCGUCCCGCGUUGGAAAAGCUGAAGCAGACUCAGUAUCAGUUGACCCUUGUUGAGGACAUCAAUCGGAUCAUUCAGUUACCAAAUUUGAAAUAUGAAGAAUUGGCUGCGCUGAGCAAUAUGUUGGCCAACAGGAAGAAAAGCUUGAGACAACUCUGCGAAGAGCUUGAAUCCUCAGAUGGUUUUUCUGAAACAUGUUCAAAGCACAUACUUAUACGAUUGAUCAAUGUACUACUGGAGGAAAUUCGUAACAGUUCCAGUGACAGACAUACGAUAGAAGCUUUGCGAUGUCUUGGAGAGAUUGGACCAAUCGAAUUGUCGACCUUAGUGCUCAGAUCUGAUACAGAUACGUCAAUCUAUCAAAAUUGGAUGUCGUUGAGAGAAACUACGGAACAAUUUGUUCGAGUAUUGAUUGCAGAACUCAACGAACUUAUCGUUACUAAAGAUAUACGGGUCGCCGAGAAAGCAUCGGAUGUGUGUUACUAUGUGUUACGAAACAGAGCCUUCCAAGAACUGGCGACUAACACCAAAACGUUAUAUCCGUAUAUGGCACAUGAGAAAACUGAUUAUCAAAUAUUUAAACGUUCGGAAGAAGGCAUCCUGCUGGCCGCGGUUGUUAACGGUAGCAUUGAGUGCUAUGACUCAUUUGUAUUGGCAAUGUCCACAACACUUUUGACAUUUUUGAAUGAUAAAGUGAUACGAACGCUUUGCAGUAUUGAGAUUGUCCUUGCGGCCAAACUUAUUCCGCUUCUGGUGCGAAUUGUGAUGAGCUACGACAACAAUGAUCUCAACAAAGACAUCGAACGUUUUAUAAAUUCAUUUUUCGAAACAUUCGAUAGUGAUUCCUCGUCCAAGUCCAGUAUUAGCAACAAUUUAGAAGCUAUACAUCUAAUGCUGAAAAUUGUCGAAUGUGUGCGGUUGAACAAUCAAAACGAUCCUGAACCAAGUAUUCAACUAAAUUAUUUAGCAAUUGCUUCUGCCAGCCUUCACUGUCAAGCAUAUUUCAAAGCGAUUCUGUAUGCUGAACUAUGGUGUUUGAAUGAAUCUACCAAGGGUGUAGCCGAGCGAGAUUCAAAACUUAUGACCAUAAUGAAGAAAGCUCACCUGGCAAUUGGAAUCGAUGAGGCAGCUAAGGCGUUUCUCGAUCCUAUAGCGAAUCGGAACGAGUAUCAUCUGCUUGAACGUAAAUACAAUCAAAAUUUGCUAUGUUACGACGUGGCAAGUUCAACUGACAAAGCUUUUCAUAGAUCAGCCUACACGGAGGCUUUAAAAAGAUCUUGCCUUUAUGGACUGGCGAGUAUCGUAUCGACGGAAAAAGAGGUUGACUAUGAAUGUGCAUGGCGUUUGGCUGAUUGGAAUGUGCCAUUGGAGGAUACAUUAGGUAAAUCCAAGGGAGAAAUUGAUUGGCAGCAUAUGUUGAACAGACAGCAUUACAAAGCACUAAAAUGUUUGGAGCUUAAAGACGAACUUGCAACUGAAAGUUCUCUGCUAGAAGGAAGAAAAGCUAUAUCAGAGAUGUUGAAGACUGCCAAUAUGGAAUCAACUAAGAAUAUUUAUCCUUAUCUCUGUAAGCUACGACAGCUCCAGCAGAUCGAGGACUUUAUGAGUGUUCAGUUCCUUCGAAAUAUUGGUGGACAUGAGAAACUUCUUGAAAAAUGGGACCAGCAAGAUAAGCUUCCCUACAGCGACUUUGCUUUCAUGGAAGCAAUCCUCACACAGCGGAUCGUGAUGUUGAAAACAGCACGCAUUCGUGCCUUGCGAAGUUGGGUCCCAGACGCAUUAAAUCAGGCGCGAUUUAAAUUGAUCUAUGAAGCACGUGUUAGUGCGCACUACGAUGUAGCCACAGCAAAUAUUUGUUCCAUGAAUCAACAGACUUUGUCCGAAGAUGUAAGAUCGUUGGUAAUGUUGGAGGAUGCUCAGCUGAAUUGGUCUACCGGUGAUAAAUACCUAUCGACAAGAUUGGUAAAUGAAAUUGUUGUUGGUGAGAAGUGCAAAAAUCUAGUUAUAAACGCAGCGGCCUAUCGAAUAUAUGGAAGCUUUCUAGCAGAAACACUCGCUGAAGAAGUACACAAUCUCUAUAAAAAUAUUUUCAAGCGAUCUGUCGAGUUGUUGGACAAAUUUUGGAGGCAAUGUAGUCAACAACAGCAGAGUUCUUCAGUAGACUUUCUAGGCAAAUGUUUACAAAACGAUCAGAACUACAUCGUACUACACACAAUAGCGAAAUAUGCGGACCGGGAGUUCGUUAGACUUAAAACUCACUUCACUUCCAACGAAUUCAAACUAAAGAAACAAAACCUGGAAAUGCUGAAACAGGAGAUAGAAUUGAUCGAUUCAGAAAUAGAUAAAACAAAUAAGUCAGAUGGAGAUAAGCUAUCAAAUUUGAAACGGGCCAAAUUGUCUAUGCAUAAGAAUGUUCUCCGAGAUGAACAAUCAAUCAAAACAAUGGAGUCAAACAUGAACGAUUAUCUUCAGCUGGCGGUGUUGCAUUAUUCGUCGUUCGCUAAGAGAACGAGUGUCCUAAGCGAACUGGCUGUUUAUCGCAUUGUCGCUCUUUGGUUUGGUAAUCACAAUUUACUUGUAAACAGCAUUCAAGAAUACUUGUGUUGUAUUCCGACACAUAAACUAGUACCCCUGCUACCUCAAUUGGUGCCCCGGCUUGACAAUCAAAGCGACGGUGUUGGUCAAGUUGUUUCAAGUAUACUGGAGCGAUGUGUCAUCGAUCAUCCGCACCACACUUUACCGCAUAUUUUUGCACAGGUUUAUGCAUUUGCUGAUCUGGAUCGUUCCGAGAUACCAAAGGAUGACGCGCGAUUACUCGGGGCGCAAGCACUAUACCGCAAGCUAUUAAAGAUACAGAAACUAGCAAUAAUCAUCGAUCAGUAUACAGAAAUGAAUUUGGCAUUGAUCGAAAUGGCAAAUAAAAGCCUAGGGAAAUCAAGAAGUUUCAGUGAUUACACCAUGACUGCGCGUGAUGCGUUACGAAAAUGCAAAGAUUUAGACAAGAUACACUGUCCAACUGUGGAGCUGGCGAUUCGAGAGAACCAUGUAUAUAAUGACAUUAUUGGUGUACACAACUGGAACGACCGGAUCCAAGGCGUUGGUGGUAUAAAUGCUCCGAAGAAGUUGAUCUGUCAUUGUGUGGACGGGAAAGACCGAAUUCAAUUGCUGAAAGGAAAAGAUGACAUGCGGCAGGAUGCCGUCAUGCAGCAGGUGUUCACUACUUUGAACGUUCUGUUGCGUCAUGAUAAAGAGGCAAAUAAACGAAAGUUGACGGUACGCACGUACAGAGUAGUUCCUUUGUCGCGACAAAGUGGAAUAUUAGAAUGGUGCUCUGACACCAUACCGCUAGGAUUGUGGCUAAUUCCAGCACACACUCGCUAUCGACCAAAAGAUGUUAGUCCCUUAGAUUCCAGGAAAAUUUUCAGUGAAUUCUCUAAAUUGCAAGCACAAAAAAGAAAAGAAAAAUUUCUAAAACUAUGUCAGCGGAUAAGUCCUGUUUUCCAACACUUUUUCUUGGAAAAAUUCCUUCUGCCGGGAAUGUGGUUCGAGCGACGAUUGUGUUACACCAAGAGCGUCGCUGUUUCCUCCAUGGUGGGCUACAUUUUAGGAAUAGGUGAUCGCCACGUGCAGAAUAUACUGAUAGAUGAAAAAACUGCCGAAGUGAUUCAUAUCGAUUUUGGCAUUGCAUUUGAAUUAGGUAAAAAUUUACCCACACCGGAGACAAUUCCGUUUCGUUUAAGCAGAGAUAUCGUUGCGGGGAUGGGUGUUAGUGGUAUCGAAGGCAUGUUCAGGAAGUCAUGCGAGCAAACAUUGGAGAUACUGCGUACCAAUAGUGCUCCAAUUUUGACUAUACUGGAAGUGCUAUUGUACGAUCCUUUAUACACGUGGAACGUGCUUUCUAACAAAAAAGCCGCUCAACAACAAAUGGAAGAUAUGUAUGGAAAGAAUGACGUCACCCGAUUCGACGGUAGCAGUUCAACUGUUAACAUCAGUGCCGAACGCGCGUUGUUGCGCAUAAACGAUAAGCUAAACGGGAGGGAGGAUGAAACGUUCACUUCUGUAGAGGGGCAAGUAGACAGACUGAUUGUGGCAGCCACGAGCGAUGGAAAUCUGUGUCAACUAUUCCAUGGAUGGCAACCGUAUUUAUAAACGGUGUUUUCAGGUAUCUAAUUUGAUUGUUUUAAUUAAUAAAACUGCUUCGUUAGUAACUUGAUUGUUAUAUGCCUUAAAGCACUUUAAAAA